CGCACGAUCUCUUCAACCGAUCACUAACUACAACUCUAUGUACGAGAUGUCCGGUCACUAAUGACGGCUAUUUUUGGGUUUCUAAAGUCCGCCGAUGCCUGACAAAUCCACGGCCCUUCUCGGCCCAUUGAUUUUACGUGAGGAUCGCAUAAACACUUCGUGCUUCAUACACUGAUCCCAACACAUUUGUGGCCUGGUGGGUGAAUAUGGAACUUUGUUGCAGCCUGCACAUCGACGGUUUAAGACUUUCGUGGAAGCAUUCAAUUGCAGGUGCGGGAAGGGAGCCAGCUCGGGACUGUUUCGAUGCGCGGAGCGCGAGUGCCGAAGGGCUCAAGCUCUUCGAGAGCAUUACGUACCUGGAGGAAUACUACCCGACGAACACCGAGAUCGCUAUUCUCGAGAAAAACGCGACGGCCAUGGCGGAGAGGGUGCAGGACGGCAGUAUCAUAGUUGAGCUAGGAAGCGGCAACCUGAGGAAGGUCAAUAUCUUCUUGAAUGCUUUGAAUGAGCUUGGCAAGAAGAUUGACUACUACGCACUCGAUCUCGAUCGCUCGGAGCUCCAGCGGACGUUGGAUAUGGUGCCCGAGGAUCUCGAGAAUGUGAAAUAUCACGGGCUCCAUGGCACCUACGAGGAUGGCCGGGCUUGGCUCAAGAGCGCGGAGGAGGUUAGAGACCGACCCCGUUGCAUUCUUUGGCUGGGUUCUUCUGCUGGCAACUUUGAGCGGACGGCUGCUGCCGAAUUCUUGAAAUCCUUUACGAGCGACGCAUUGAGGCCCGGAAAGCCGGAUUAUAUGCUGGUGGGACUCGACGGCUGCAAGGAAGGCGACAAGGUGUACAAGGCCUACAACGAUCCUCAGGGACUCACGGAGCGUUUCAUCAUGUGCGGAUUGGCCAAUGCCAAUGGCGUCCUUGGCGACGAGUACUUCAAACUCGACGAGUGGGAGUAUAUUGGCGAAUGGAACGCCGAGCACGGACGUCACCAAGCUUUCUAUUCGCCGAAGGUGGACAUCAUUUUCCAGGGGAAGUUGAAGGGCGUCUGCGUGAAAAAGGGCGAAAAGAUAAACGUGGAGUACAGUUACAAGUUUGACGACAAGGACUCUCGGAUCCUAUGGGAAGAGGCCAGAGUGAUUGAGGGCGCACAGUGGGCGAAUGAGAAGGGAGACUACUUUCUUCACAUGUUGCAGAAGCCUGCCUUCAUUUUCGGCUCUACGCCGGAGGAGUAUGCUCCAGAACCAGUGCCUACUAUGACGGAGUGGCGCCAGUUAUGGGCCUCCUGGACUGCGGUGACGCUGGGAAUGAUACCUAACGAGAAACUUCUGUCAAAGCCAAUCGAUCUGAGGAACCCAUGCAUCUUCUACUUGGGACAUAUUCCAACGUUCUUGGAUUCCCUGAUCUCCCGUUCCACGGGAAAGGACCCAACUGAACCACUUGACUACCAGCGCAUUUUCCAGCGCGGUAUCGACCCAGACGUGGAGAACCCCGACCAAUGCCAUUCGCAUAGCGAAGUCCCGAAUUCGUGGCCGGAACUGGAGGAAAUCCUUGAAUAUCAGUCCUGGGUUCGAGAGCGUAUAGAAGGGUUGUACAAAGACAACUCGGCGGGACACCAACCGAUGGUGGUGCAGAGGGCGCUUUGGCUCGGAUUUGAACACGAGGCUAUGCACCUGGAAACUCUGCUUUACAUGCUUGUUCAGUCGGAUGCAACUCUUCCGCCGCCUGGUGCGAUCAUUCCAGACUUCCACUCGGGUAGAACCUGGGAGCGGAGACUGGAUGCCACCAAGGGGGACGCCUGGGUUAAAAUCCCAGAUACCACGUUGGAGGUCGGAAUAAAUGACCUAGAGGAGCCAGAAAACUCUAAAGCUCAUUUCUUCGGCUGGGAUAACGAAAAGCCGGUGCGAAAGGACGUCAAAGUUGCUGCGUUCCAUGCUCGCGCGUUUCCUAUCACUAACGAAGAAUAUGCUGGCUAUCUGGCGGCAAAAUCGAUCGAAACUAUUCCGGUUUCCUGGGCUAGGAGUGGCGAGGAAUCGGGAAAAAACAACAGUAUCGCAGACCUUAUGGAAACUGUCCACAUCAAAUCUGUCUUUGGCCUAGUUCCUCUGAAGCUUGCCUUGGACUGGCCUGUCAUGGCUUCUUACGAUGAGCUUGAGGGAUGUGCCCUUUGGAUGAAUGCUCGAAUUCCUACCGCAGAUGAAGUUCGUGCCAUAUACUAUCAUGCAGAGUUGGAUGCUACCAAGGUCAUCGAGAAAAAAGAAUCGAGGAAAAUUGACGCAGUCAAUGGGCAUCUUGUUCACAACGGUGUGUGCGAAUCGCCUCCCGGCUUGAUUGAAGAUCGGAACUCGUUGUAUGCUGCGAUGACGGGCAAGAACAUUGGUUUUAAACAGUGGCAGCCGACAUCUGUCCGUUCUUCCGGCGGGAAACUCCUGGGCCGCGGCGAAACUGGUGGAGCUUGGGAGUGGACCUCGACGGUCUUGGAGCCGCACGAGGGAUUCCGCCCCGAAAAGUCCUAUCCUGAGUAUACUGCCGACUUCUUUGACGGCAAACACAAUGUCGUUCUGGGAGGUAGCUGGGCCACUCAUCCCCGCAUUGCUGGAAGGAGAAGCUUUGUCAACUGGUAUCAGAGGGCAUACCGCUACGCCUGGGCCACUGCGAGGGUUGUAAAGAACUACUAGAGAGUAGUUUCCUUGUGUCUCUUUAGAGAGUGCGAUUGAUUUGUUUGAGGACCACUGGAGUGUGGUGUCCUCAUGUGUCUUUUUAGGAAUACUUUGCGUUUGCUUCUUGGGAAUUUAAGAUGACUUCUGUGGCCUGCG